UUCUUCUUUCUGCCAUUCUGAGGUUGGAAAAGUGAUAAUAAAACAUUGUACGCUUCUCAUUGCAAGUUACAGUCAACAGAAGCAUUGUUUGUUUUCGCGUUUAAAUUGUUUCUCUCUUUCUCUAACUCUUUCUUUUUUAUCAAUCUUGAGCAAUUUUCUUACCAUUGAUCAGUUUUCAUGCGUUCACUUGAUUAGUUCAACUUUUUUGCUUGCAUCAAAAUGAAAAGCCAGCCAAUCAAACAAUCAAUCGGAUUAAUUUUUCUUUUCCAUCUUUUUCACAUUUCUGGUUCGGCCAUAACCGAACCAUGCUACGAUGAACUUGGCCAUCCUAUUCGAUGUAUACCCGACUUUGUGAAUGCCGCUUUCGGUAAAGAAGUAAAGGCAUUGAGUGAUUCAAAUACUGAUCAAAGUCAUCCAUUGGCAUAUUUAACUGACCUUCACAAUCCAACCAAUACAACUUGCUGGAUCUCGGACUCGUUUACCGAUCCAACGGAAAACAUUUCAAUAACCCUGAGUUUGGGUAAAAAGUACGAGUUGACCUAUGUUAGUUUACAGUUUUGCUCUCAAAAACCCGAUUCAAUGGUAAUCAUGAAGUCGACCGAUUUCGGUGAAACCUGGCAACCCUUUCAAUACUAUUCCUCGGAUUGUCAAAAGGUCUACCAUAGAGCGGCCAAAUCAAUGGUGACAAAAGCCAAUGAACAAGAGCCACUUUGCCUGGAGUCACUGACUGACUCUCAACCGGGUGGUCGAGUAGCCUUCUCAACCCUAGAGGGUCGACCUUCAGCUUAUGAUUUUGACAACAGUCCCGUGCUUCAGGAUUGGGUUACUGCAACCGAUAUAAGGAUUAUAUUUAAUCGAGUCAAUGGACACACUGUUUCACCUUUGCUCAACUUUGACUCUACCGAUGAGGAUGACGAGGAUGACACUGAGAGUGACAAUAAACUGUCACUUCCAUCCAUUCCCAAUGAGCCCAGUAAAAACAGCAACAAUGCAAACACCAAUGUCAACACUAAUGGCAAUGUGAAAGGGUCAACACCGUUUCCAUUGUUGAACAUUUUCGAUCCAUUUACAAAUGAAACUGAUUUAUCCAACAUGUUGAUGGCUCACAAGCCGGAAGACAGUUUUUACUAUGCAGUCUCUGACCUUGCAGUUGGUGGACGAUGCAAAUGCAAUGGACAUGCAUCAAGGUGCGUCACCAACCGAGAAGGUCAACUUACCUGUGAUUGUAAACACAACACAGCAGGACGUGAUUGUGAGAAAUGCAAACCAUUUCAUUUUGAUGUUCCCUGGGCUCGAGCCACAGCCCAAGAUGCUCAUGAAUGUAAACCUUGCAAUUGUAAUCUUCAUGCUCGAAGAUGUCGUUUCAAUAUGGAAUUGUACAAAUUGUCGGGUCGCAAGUCGGGUGGAGUUUGCCUCAAGUGUCGACACAACACGGCAGGUCGUCACUGCCACUAUUGUCGGGAAGGCUAUUAUCGUGAUUCAACCAAACCAAUCACUCAUCGAAAGGCUUGUAAACCUUGUGAAUGUCAUCCUGUCGGUGCUUCAGGGCGAACCUGUAACCAAACAACUGGACAGUGUCCAUGUAAAGAUGGUGUUACUGGUGUUACUUGUAAUCGAUGUGCCAAAGGUUACCAACAAAGUCGAUCAACUGUGGCUCCGUGUGUUCGAGUCCCAAUGAAUAACAUGGUUCCAGUUGCAUCGGCAUAUGAAGUCAGCAAACAACAAGAAACGACUUCAGAUAAUUGUGAUGACUGUCGAGAUGAAGUUAACCAGUUAAGUCUAAGAAAAUAUUGCAGAAGGGAUUUUGCAAUUGAAGCUAAUGUCGUCUCCAGGGAAACUAUUGGAGACUGGAUUCGAUUUACAAUACAAAUAAUCGAGAUUUAUAAGCACACAGUGACAAAGUUAAGACGAGGUUCGGAAUCGCUUUGGGUUCCUUUGGCUGAUCUUGCCUGUAAAUGUCCCAAGAUCAAGAUCAAGGAAAACUACAUCAUUAUUGGAAUUGAAGAGCGAGAAGCUGAACCUCGAGGAUUAAUUGCUGAUAGACAGUCGUUAGUUGUUGAAUGGUCAGAGGAAUGGGAUCGAAAGAUUCGUCGAUAUCAGCGUAAACAGCGAAGCGGAAUUUGCUCUGAAGAUUAAACCCAUUUUAAAGUGAAACAUUGAAACUCUGCAAGACAAUUAAUAUAUUAACUAUUGAUUAAAUUAAGAGAGAAUAUUGUAUUUAAACGAAAAUGGAAUGCUGAUUAUGGAUUAACAGUUAAAAGCGCGAGUCACAAUUGAAGGCAACAAUUAGUCAACAUACAAUGUGAUCCAACUUACAAGACUACUUAUUACGAAGACUUAUUAUGAUGGUUAAUCAAUGAUUUUAACAAAAUUGAAUUCAAGCCAAAAGGGUGACAAGAUGACUUCAAAUUGGGUCGACUAUUGAUGACUUUUUCAUUGACAACGCUUGUGGAUUGAACCAGAAUUUUCAUCAUUUUUUUUCUAUUUCUCAUUUCCAUUUCUUGCUUUUUGCUUUUUUCACCUUGUUCUUGGUUCUUUAAUCAUAACUGAAACCAUAAUGAUGAAAUUGGUGAAAUGAUUUGGUUAAAUGUAAAAUGCAACAAUCACACAAUCAACCAUCAUUAUACAUAUUAAAUAUCAAAAGUGAAUCUCUUUACAAGCUCACAUGGGUAACAUUGAAAAACAUGGAAAUCAUUAAUGUUUAUUCAUUUCUGAUUCUCGUUUAAUCCUCUUCUAAUAUAAUAAACAAGGAUUGAAAUAAUUUACGUAAAGAGAUGACAUUUGGUUGAUUAUAUUAAUUGUGAGAAGUAACUGUUUGCUGGUGAAAUUUUGAAUCAACUAGAUUCUUUGUUAUUUUGAUGAAUGUUCAACAGUUAAUCUCUACAUUAGAUUAAUCAAUUAUUUACCAUUAAAUGGAUUACACUCACAUAUUGGAUUAAUGUUAAUGGUGUUGAUUGUGGUGAUAAUCAGCGACAAGAUCAAGACAGAAGCAAUCAGAUGAUCAAAUGUAAUACUUGCUCAAAAUCAACAUAUCGUUUCAAUUGAAAUCAAAUUUGAUAAUUUAUAGAUUCUAGAUUAAUAGACAAUUUAUCUUAAAUUAUAACAUGCACCUUCAACAAUCUAAUCAGCGUCUUUCUUGACCAUCAACUUCAAACCUUUUUACUACAAUUCAUUUCACCAAUUCGGAAAAAUUUUGUUUCUUUUUUUGUGACCAACCACCGACAAUUUGCUAACUUUGAAAAAAAUUAAGUCUUCCAUGGUAUUUAAUACCGAUUAACUAAUUCAUCUUCAACCAUUAUGAUUUUCUCACUUUCCUAAUAAUUAAUAAUCACCAUCAUCAUGUCAACCCACCCAAAGAACACACAUUGAAACAUCAUCAUCAUCAACAGAGAUCUGAAAAAGUCAAUUAACAAGAGGAAACUUGUCUUUCUUUUUUCUCUUUUUUUCAUAACCAUGAUGAUUAAAACAAAUUGUCAUCAUUUCAUCAUUUUUUGUGUCUCUCCUCAUCUUAUGUACCAGUAAAUAUAAUUAAUAAACCUUCUUUUUCCUUUUCCAGAAGAUAUACA